UUGUGUUGCAGCACUUGUAUACUUAUGUCUCCUGUUUUGAUUGUUGGUCAGAAGAAGUAGUGCGGUACUACUAUCCUGUACUUUGUUGACAAGAUCUACCCGGUGUGUGGACAAAAGAAUGGCACUAAUCUCCCUCGAGGAUCUCGACGGAUUGGAGGACGAAGAGCUGGACGAUGACAUCACCGACAACCCCGAGCCAAUGGAGGACGACGAGCAGCAGAGGCUGUAUACCCAUUGGCAGGCGAUCGCCAGCACACACCAGGUGUCCAUCCCCCGAGAAAUGACAGGACCAAUUCAAGAGCUGACGCGGCGGAACCAAGCCCAAGAGAGAGAGCAGGUCCCCUUUGCCUCCAUCUCUCAGCAUGAAAAGCUGGGCGAGGUGCUGUUUGAGGAGAGGGUGUACCCUGCAGGGAAGUGGGCGUGCAUCACUAAAGGGGAGAAGCUGUACGAGCAGAGUAUCUCCAUGGGCUUCAUGAAACUCAUGAAAUUCAUCUGCAAGGAGAACUCCGUCGGACGCUAUUUGGGAAUGACUGUACCCAUUGUGAACAGUAUCCACAUGCUGGAGGACGGCAAUGGCUUUCAGAAGGACAUCUUGACAGCAUACUACCUGCCUGCUGAGUUCCAGGCCAACCCGCCCCAGCCAACUGACCCAGACAUCACCAUACUCCAAAGGGAGGCUUUACGAGUCAUCACCCGGACGUUCUUCGGCACCACCACGGAGGAGACAAUCAUGCCUCAGAUCAACCUGCUGUGGGAGAUGCUGGGCCCCAGCGAGGAGAUGCAUCGCAACUCCUACAUGGUGGCCGUCUACGAGAACCCUGGGGUCUCCUUCCGCAGGAACGAGAUCUGGUUCAUCCGACGAGAACCCUAAAUCUCUUAUAACAUCCCCCUGUCCCCUCUUGUAUCAUCCCGACACCCCCCUAUCCCACCCCCCUACUGUGCCACUAGGGUCGCGUUCAUUGGGCGCUAAAAGGAAUAAAGGAGACAAACAGGGAGGGACUACCUAGACUUGGUCAAAUAAGCAAUGCUCAUUUUGCAAAAUGUUUUUAAAAAUGUUUGUUUUUGUUUUUGUGUGCCCUAAUGAACACAACCUCCAGAUGAUUCCUGUAAUGGGGAUAUAGUAUGGAUUAAAAUGGGAGGAAUGGCUCUUGGGUUGGUUUUAGCUGUAAAGAUGACAAGAUGACUUUAAAGAUGGUUUUAGGUAUACAGUGUGGAAGAAAUACUUCUUUAUCAUUCA